AUGUCAUUGGAAGUAAUCUACAUCACCCGCCAUGGAUUGAUGCUGGCCCUGCUGGUUUUGAGCAAGAGACUUAAUUCUGACAACGGCCUUGGCGUUCUUCAGUUCCGGUCAAACUGGCUUGUCGACCCUGCCACGGGAAGCUACACGGCCUCCAUCCCGUCACCGACAGGUAUACCUGCGGAUCCGGAAUUGACUGCCCAUGGCGUCGACCAGGCCAAGGAGCUGGGCGCCCACCUCCUGACCGUUGAGCCUCCAAUCGACGCAGUUUAUUCCAGCCCCUACUAUCGCUGUCUGCAAACUAUCACGCCCUUUGUUACUCUCAACCAGGAAAACCUCAACCGCCUUCGGGAAAAAGACGUUGGCGCUAAAGCCGAUGCUGUCACCAUUCGUCCCGAACACGGCCUCUGCGAAUGGUAUGGCGCCGCUCCAUUCGAGCACCCGACUCCAGCCUCGAAAGACGUCUUGAAGCCAAUGUUCCCUCACAUCGAUGACACGUAUCAAAGCCGCGUCUAUCCCGCCCGCAACGGUGAGACUAUCGCUCAAUUGCACGACCGUGUCGCUGCUGGUGUUCAAGCCAUCAUUGAGCAAUGCGACGCCCAGGGCCACCGUGCAGUUAUUCUGUGCUCCCACGCUGCCUCGAUUAUUGCUCUUGGCCGAGUCCUUACUGGCGAAAUGCCCGAGAGUAUUGAUGCGGAAGAUUUCCGAGCCUUUACCUGUGGAUUAAGCAUGUACCGGAGAAAAUCACCCUCUUCUUCAGCAAAAACUCCAGGAACCGAUGGCCCAAUCGCGGAUACCAAGUCGUGGAGGAAUGGUCGGGGAGUCGCAGGCGGGUGGAUAUGUGAGCUCAACAGCGAUUGCAGCUUUCUGAGCGGAGGAGAAGAGAGGGGAUGGCGAUUCUCUGGCGACGAGUCCUUUUCCACGGCCGAAAACUCUUCGCAGGCCGACGCUGGAGUGGCGCUCGGCGUGGUGGUGGAAGGAAAAGUGAAACCUGACAAGGUCUCUCCCCACAGAGCUGCAGGUCAUCAUCGUCUCUAG